GUUGAAAUCCUGCUCUACGCGCGCUAAGGUAUAAAAUGGUGCGUGCACAGAUUUGAGUCACAUUGCUAGGUAGUGCAGAGUCAGAUAAACAACCACCAUGAACAGAUUCCUCUUCUUCUCAACCCUCAUUGCCUUCUCCAGGGCCAGCACUGUUGCUGUUGCUCCCGUUGUUGCUGGAGCUCCAUUAGCUGCUGCUUCUUACUUGGUGAGAGCACCUGCUCAUGAUUCCGCUUCUAUUGAGCAUCACCGUCUUGGAGGCAACUUCGCUUACUCCACCGCCGAGGCUCAUGCCUUCGCCAGCAUCACCCCCCAGAUCUCCACCCUGACCCACCCCGUUGCUGAGACCACCCACACUCACAUCCCCGCCCCCAUUGCCACCCACCAGCCUGCCCCUAUUGUCAGGACCACCCAUGUUGCCCAGCCCAUCUUCCAAGAGGUUCCUGUCCACGCUCAGGUCCCAGUCACCGGACCCCUCCGUACUCACCAGACCGUUCACCAGCCUCUUGUCACUGAGACCAGAACCCACACCGUCCAGGCUGUAGCCGCCCCCGCUGUUGCCUACGCCGCUGCCCCCAUUGCCCACGCCGGAUACGCCGCUGCCCCCGUUGCCAUCCAUGCUGGUGCCAACCUUGUUGCCGGAUACUAAUAUGUGCAAUAUUUUGAGGACUUUUUGCCAAAAGAGAAAGAGGAGAAUAGUGUUUGGGUGGAAUCUAUAGAAAGCUAUAGUGUCGGCACCCCGUGGUGGUUGUUCUAAACUCUGCAAGGACCUGCAAUGUCUUGUAAAGCUCCAGUUUGUCGUCGUCUAGUAACUGUACAGUAUGUCUCGUGAAAGGAUUGUUGAAUGUACCUCGUUAUAGUUUAGAUCUCAUAGGGAGCUAUUUAUCAAAUACAUCUGUGCUUAUAUCAAA